AUGCAAGAAGACGACUCUAGCUGGCCAGAUCCUGACAAAAUCGGCCGUCAGGAGCUCGAAAUCCUCUUCAACAACGAACACAUUUCUUUCACGACAGGCAAGAUCGGCGCUCUCGCCGACGUCAACGGCAGCAAGGUUCUUUUUUCACUGAUAAAUAUUAGCGACAGAACGGAAACGGGCUGAAACAAUAUGUGGCCCAAAAUAAAAAAGUGUUCAAAUUCGGGUUUUUUUUUUUCUGAGUAACUUAUAAGAUAGAGAUGAGAUCGACUGCAACACAUCUGAAUUAUUAUGAUCGAAAUUAAAAAGUAUUAGGGAAAUACUUUUUUAGGCCAAAAUUUUUCUUUCGUCUUUUUUAAAUGAAAGAGUUGUCCAAAAUUCUUUAUUUAAUUCUAAAAUCAUUUUUCUAGACGAGUUUCUCCAAUGAAGAACGUUUUCAGGACCCCGCCGGUCUGCGCUCUUUCUACUAUCUGGUGCAAGAUCUCAAGUGUCUCGUCUUCUCUCUCAUCGGCCUUCACUUCAAGAUCAAGCCCAUCUAG